AUGGCGUCGCCCAUGCUGUACGAAUCUACCGAAAGUGACACGGACGAAAGUAUACCAGAAAUCGAUUUAACUAUUAAAAUGACUGUGCAGCCUUAUCAAUACGAGCCAGUUAAAAGACAAGAGACAGCAAGACAGCCACUGGACGAUGAAAGUGACUCGGGGCAGUCGGUACAAUGCAGCGUCCAUAGCGACGAUGAACACCUACCUUCAGACAUGCACUGGAUUGAAGAGGGAGGAGGAACCUGCAUUACCGAACAUGAGGGUUUUGCUGCAAACUGUCUCAACAGAUGGGUUUUAGAGACAUCCUUCUAUGAAUAUCUAGAAGAAAAUGGACCACUGGAAGAAAAUGAAUUAAUACACAAGUAG